AUGGUACAACUUAGUCCACUCUGCAUAAUAUGUUCCAUAUUACUUAUUUUACUGAUAAAUUCUUCUUUUUCAGAUAAACUGGAGGUAGUGGGAGAUUAUCCACCAUUAUGGCAUAACAUUUCGGAAUCGCUGGAUGGCUUUGUUAGCCAUCACAACAAAACAUUGAUCAAUCCUUGGAAUUAUCUGGAUAGAAUGGGCAUGUAUAAGGUAUUACUGACAGUUACAGCUGAGUCCAUGGAGAAUUUAGGACCAGAUAAUACUGGGAAUCUACUGUGGGGUCUGCCUCUACAACAUGGUUGGCAGCUCGAAACAGGUAGAUUAGCAGAUCUGUCUGGCACGUCUUCCUGUGGCUAUCAAUCUGGUGACCCACUGUGCAUCUCUACAAAAAGCUGGUGGUCUUGUAUGAAUUACUAUCUGUCUACAAUACCCUUUCUGGGGGCUGUUGAUGCUGGCUUCUUCGAGGAAUGGCCUUUUGAAAUCGAGAUCCAGUCUCCUGAAGAGCAUGUGGAUGAUUUCUGUUAUGGUACAGCAGACUGUCAUACAUUCAUCCCUGAAGUAAUGAUUAAAUGGAGAACAGUUUUUGAGUUUCUGAGAACAAAGAAAUCUUCCAUUUAUAAGGUGGCACCUACCUUAUCACCCAAGGAAGAUAUUAUUUCGUAUUAUUUGUGGACUGCACACGUAGCAUCGAUUGAAGGUGCUCUUUCAAAAUGUUCAGAAAGGUUAAAGUAUAUGUCAGCUCCUGAAGCAAGGUUUGGCAUUAGCUGGAGUAAUGCAGUAGAAUUUAUUGCAGCUACUCAUUUUCUUACCAACUUUAAGGACACUAAUAUAUUCCAAGCGUAUCUUCCCCAGCGAAUGCUGUUAGCCAGCGAUGAGGGACCAACCAUCCCAGACCUGAGUGAAGAGGAGAACCGAGUCCUGGUUACACUCAAUCUUUUGAAUGAGGUUAAUACAAUUACAGACGGGCGGUUAUUACAAAUGUGGAAGAGAUCCAUGUGCUCAGAAACAGGGAGAGCGGAGGGGCGUUAUCUCUUGGAAAAUAUGAUUCUAAAUCCCGACCUUGUUUCAUCUGGGAUACUUAAAAUUAUUCUGGAAUUCCUUAAGAAUUCUGAUUGUGUAAUACCUGAUGCUUAA